AUGGAUACGCACCAGAAUAGCCUGGUGUGGAGUACUCGGUGUAACAGCCAGGAUUUGAUUCUGUUUCGUACGAUCAACAUACUCUGUAUAUUAGUUCCACAACAGCUGCCCCUCACAUGUUUGACCGCUAGCGGAGGUUUGCUCGCUGCAGAAGCAUCAAAGGCAGUCUUAGCAUGGGCGAAGGAUGAAUCAAGCGACAGCAUUUAUCAUGGGAAUAAUCCCAAGGUCCUGGCAAUCAACCUCUCCAGUGACUACGCGACAGAAUGGGAUGAAGUAACCGAUUCAGAUGACAAGAUUGAGCUGUCAAAUUUACAUUUGCGUCUGCCUUUCUGGGCCCAGAAAACUGCGACAGCGAAGGAAGCGACUCUCUACAGUACCCCAGAGCCAAAGGCGACGCCGUCCAUCUCAUCCUCACCAGCGACAGUCGGUAGUGGUCUCGGCGAAUACUCGAGCUAUGACUUCACCAAGGUUCCAGGUCUCAAGAAGACUUGGACCAUUGAGAACUUGGUUUCAGAUGAAGGCAAGCCCCAGCUCGCCUGGCUUCUUAUCCCCUUUUCUGCUGCGGCUUGA